UCUGGUAAACCCUCAACAGAUUAGCAUCAACUAUUAGAUGGUCAAAAAAAAAAAUGCAUUAUUUCUGUUCAGGUAAACCCUCAAAAGCAAUAGAUUUAGCUAUGAUUUGUGAGGAGCUGUAAGAACAUCAUUCCACCAUUUAAGUCAAAUCCCGAAUCGUCCCAAAUUAGCACCUCUCUUUUCCCAUCUUCUCCCAUUUUUCUUUUAAUAAAUCCUUUACAGCUUUCAUCCUGACAUCCUCAAUGAUUCUUUCCGUUAUAGGCUCUCUCUCUCUCUCUCUCUCUCUCUCUCUCUCUCUCUCUAUAGUUUUUGUGAUACAAGGAAAGUUUAGGGUUUAUACGUGAUCGGUCCCAUCAAAUCAAAGCUGUGGUUGGUGUAAAGCGGGAGGAUCUCAGUAGGGUUGUGAUUAAUUUGUUCAUUUAGCUUUUCUGAUGUAUCCAAUGAAAUAUGGGUCGGGGUUUGAUCACAAGGCUUCAUCUUUCUAUCCCCUUUGAUUAAUUGGUACUUUUGAUUCAUCUAAACUAUGCAAAUAAACGUUCAAGAUUUGUUGUUCAUCAAUUUUUUCACCUGGGUCCUUUGACAUAUCAUGAAAUAGAACUUUGGUUUAAAGUUUUAAUGGGUAUUGGUUUUUAAUCUUAGUUUUUUUGCUUGAGUUGAAGCUUUGUUCAUUUGGAGGGUGCUUGAUCAAUCUUACGUAUCAUGAAAUAGAACUUUGGUUUAAGGUUUUAAGGGGUAUUGUUUUUCAAUCUUAGUUUUGGUCUGAAUUGAGACUUUGUUCAUCUGAAUUGAAGCUUUGUUCAUUUGGAGGGGGUUUCAAUGGCAUCAUCUGGUUUCUUCCUUAUUUGUUUGCUACACUCUGCGGUUGCUUUGACUUCUGGAGCUAUGAUGAUCUUUUACACCAACGAGGUCUUUGUGUUUGGCCAUGGCUUCGAAAUCGCGAGUAAGCUUGUCGGAUCAACGCCACAUGAUCAACUCUUGAUUCGAACCUCCGAUUCCUUUUCUGGGUUGCUUUUGUUUGCCAUUGGGUUUCUUCUGUUCAUGGUGGCAUUUGUUAAGGACAGAGAGUUUCAGGGCUUCUUUGCUAAAGGGUGUGUGCUGCUUCAUGUUGCCAUGGCAAUUUGGAGAGUUUGCUUUGAGAGGAAGCUUGAAACGUUGGACCACGAUUGGCUGAGGAAGGUUGUUGGAGACUUGGUGUUGGGGCUUUCUUGGAGGCAUUGAAGAAUGAAAGUGAGGAACAAUGUUCUAGAAUUCUGGGUCUUAUUCUGUAGAGGAUUUGCGUAGAUGCUGAAUCUAAAGGAGGUGCAAAGACUGAGCAUAUAUCAAAUAUCAGGUUGGUAAGUUCACUUGAAAAUUGGUCGGGAUCUUGAAUAUGGUUGUGUUGUGGAAAAAUCAGAACCAGGUGCCCUGAAUCUGGGAUUAGCAAAUUUACCAGAUUUUCGGCCAUAGAACAUAUGAGGCUGUCACACUUUGUCUUCAUGUUUUAAGUACGAAAUCAUGCUCUUUUUCCUUCAUAGUUGCCAAUUGUCAUCCUUGUAAAUUCGUUUUGAAGAACAAGGAAACACAUGAUUUCCAGCUGUUAGUUCUUACUCUUAAUCGUCUUUAUUGGCCAUAUCACUAUUGUACCGGGCCGCCGGCUAUGUCACUGGAGGAAUGCUUUGAAAUACUUUUGUCUUUGUCCA